AUGGAAUCGCCCCGAGGGGAACGAGGGCACGUCCAAGCGCCGCGGGACAAUCAGAUGUUCUGCCAGAUGAGCCAAUGCAUCAUGGAAGUUGAUUCUGUUCUUGAGGAACUGGUCCCUAUCGUAGGUCCACAGCUCAUUGAGGAGGGAGCCGUAUCUUUGAAAGCUCUGCGCAAGGCCCUUGAAAACUGCCUGGGUGGUAUCAGCCUUCUUGGCAUGAGGGCCCGGAUCCGUGAGAUUACCGAGCGAAUGUUGGUACAUAGCGAUGGCCUUGAUGGGAAUACGCUGUGUGCUGGGUUUUGGGAGCCGCUUCCCCGCCAGAUCUUCGUCAGAACACUUCAGACUGUGCCGGUUUUGUGUGCGCCGAGCUGGGAGCCGCUUCCCAGUGGAUUGCCUGUUGCAGAUCGUGGCCGAUGCUUCUUUUCGGACCUGAGCGACCUACUGGAAGAUGGUCAGUGGCAUGAUAGCUCUAUUGGGAACACAUGCUGCUUACAACCCGGCGGUGUUUGCUGGGAACUGUAUUGCCUCGAGCGUGAUCUCCAAUUCGAUGGAAACAUGCUUUCGGACAAGCUGAUCGGUGGUGGACAUAAUGGCACUGGUGAAGUGUAUGACCUCACCGCCUUCCUGCAGCACCAUCCUGAGCAGCGCAACUCCGGGAACACCGCGAUGCACCAGGUGGUUGGCGAGGAGACCUCGGGGAUUGGACGGUGCCUCAGGCGCAAAGCCGCGGACUUCGCGACUGCUGGUUUGACUUGGCACCUCUACUUCUGCAAGGCCUUCCAGAAUCACAAGCCGCUUCUGCAGUUCGACUACUGCCGGGCUUUGAGGCAUUUGCACCAAAGCAUUGUUGGCAAACAUCCGGAGACUGGCCAUACGUUGUUGGACUUCAGCAUCCAUCACGAGUCUGCGCUGUGCUUGGCAUCGAAAUGGAGAGUUCGCAUGCAGGUAUGGGACCCUGGUGGAGUUUGUGAAGGCACUUCAAGGCCAUCACCUUAG